AAUUAAUACUUUUUUAUUUUAUUUGCAUAAAUUUAAUUUAUUUUUAACCGAUUGUUUAAUUAUUUUUAUCGCAUAUUUUUGAGUAUUAUCGCACUUCCAGUAACUAAUACUAUAAAAUUAUCUUGAACUAUGAUGGAAAAUAUAAAAUGACUUAAAAGAUAAAAUCAUAACUUAGGAUGGGUAAUAAAAUAAAUAAUUCUUCCAGGAUUAGUAAUAAAAUGGCCAAGAAUAAGAAGAAGCCCUCAAAGAGUUCUGAUUUUAAAGAGGCGAAGAGUAAAUUGGGAAAAGCUCAUUUACGUAGGUAUAAAUCGAGUGAUGAGAAGUUAUUAUCUAAUCUUAAACAGUUAAAGAAAACUGUGAAAUUAUUGCCCCAAUCAAUAACUGUAAAAAAGGACUCUGUGAACGUAACUUCGCGCCGUUUAACGUUUCAAGAAUUAGUUGCCAAGUCAAGACAUACUUCGGAAAAUGUGAAAAAUCAUGCCCUAAUGGGCUUUACAGAGUUCAUUAGACGUUAUCAAGAUGAGGCAAGGGAGAACCUGUACGGUUUAUUACAGGUUUGUUGCGGAUUAUUGGUUUCAGAGUACCCUAGACUACGAAACUCUGCUAAAAAUUUACUCGUUUCAAUCUUGACCACAUUUUGUUCUGAUGGCAAAAUCAGUGAAAAAUUGAGUGAAUUGAUGUAUUUGCACCUGGUUCAGGGUGUAAUGGCCUCCAAAUCCUCUGAUAGUAAAGAGUUUAAUGAUGAUAUAAAUAACAUUAUAGGUUUAAUAAUUGAUAAAUUCCCCUAUACACUUUCUUUUGGAUAUAAUUUGAAAUUGUUGAAUGUUUUACUGGAAAAACAGCCCACACCUAUUUCAUUUAAACACUUCAAUUGUGUUUACUCACUUGCUAAACUUACACGAUUCCAGUCAAAGUCAAUUAUUUCCUACUGUGUCAACGUACUUUAUAACAUUAUUAACUCAGAAAAUUGGUCAGAUUCACCUAAUCCUACUAGUCAAACUGAUUGUAACAGGACAGAAAUUGAAUGUUUAACAACCUCAUCGGUGGUUGUGAAGUCAUUUAAAUUACUAGUGUUGAAUAAGGAAUUUAUAGAAAAAAAUGACUAUAAAACUGUUUACUUGAUUUUAAACGCUGAUUUGCAAGAGUUUGAACACAUGACUCAGAAGGGAAAGGAAACAUUUGAAAAGUUAUUUUCCGAGUUGAUUCUACUAAAGGCACAAUUAUCCAUUAAAUUAUUAUUCGAGUUUGAUAAACAACAUAUCGCACUUUUGGCUCCUCUGAUACACUUGGAAUCUCUCGUUACCAGAUUAAAAUCUUCUGAAAUUGUGUAUAUACUUUUAUUACUUUUUGAUAAUUUCAAUACCAGUAAUGUGGACUGGGAUUUAAAGCUCAGAUCUGAGUUUACUUCUAGUAUUUUGAACUUGUUACAGGACUCAAAAUUAACUAAUUUAAACCAUUUAAAGAGUUAUUUAAAUCAUUUUAAACUCAACAGUAAUUUUUCAGAAGAUAACUCACACCCCUUACUUAAUGGAGGAUCAGAAGUAAAAGGUGUUUUGGCAAAAAUGAUCUGUGAAAUUGUUAAUAAUUUAUUCAAACACGUGGAAUCAUCACCAAGUGUAUGGCCUCUAUUAUUAUAUUUUAAAGGCAUUUCUCCCAGUUUGUUCACUCAAAUAUUCCCCAAAUCAACUCACUGGAAUUUCGUACACAACUACAAUGUAGCUGAUUUUUCAGUAUUUAAGGGUAAUUUUCAGCCGAUUCCACUCAAUUUGGACCAUAUAGUUAGUAAUUUUAUCACCAACUCCAAUAACAAUAAUGGGUUUGAGUAUAUAAGGGUGUUGUUAGAAGUAUGUUUAUUCAUAAGUAAAGUGGAAAAGGGCUAUGAAUUCUACUAUAAACUAACUGAUUUGCCAAAUUUAUCUGAAGAAAAUAACAAUAUUUCUACCAAAAAUAUCAAUGGUUUGAACAAAAUUAACAAUAAUUUAGCAGAAAUUCAUGUAAGUUUGGCAAGAAUUUAUGUUAAUUUGCCUUCAAAUGAGAGGAUAAUCGAAUUUUUGUCUGAACACAUAUUAAAACUAUUGAAGGAACAAAGGUGUGAAAUAGUGAAAAUAAUCCUAGAGGUUUUAAUAUAUCAUGUGUUUAAUUAUACAAAUAGACUCGACGAGUUUGGUAGGAUUAUUAUACAAUUUGAUCCACAAAGUGAUUUAAUAAAGAAAGUUAACACAUUCACGACAUUUUUGUUAAAAAUCAUUCACGAAUAUGGUAAUGUAGAAAAUAGUUCUGUUAUUACACUUCAAAGAAAUGAAGAAGUUAGAAAUGAAAUUGAUGAUGUUGUGGAGUUUGGAGUUAAAAUAUUAAUUGAUAAAUAUUUACUAACAUUGAACAAAAUGGAAGAUACUGAAGUGGAGGAGGAUAAGGAGUUGGUAAUGAAAUUGUUGAAGGGUCUUUGGGAAAAAAUAGGUACAAAUUUUAAAAACAGGGAAGUAAUUUUUAAAAGAAUCUUUACGGAAUAUUUCGGUAAAGAUUCCAUUCCAAAUUGGCUAUCCACAGUACACAAUUAAU